UGAUUAAUAAAUGGAUACGUUGUAUUAAUGAUGAGUUUUGCUAAUGCUCAGGUAUAAAAUGACAUGCGAGUACACCUGGCCGAACCACCUGAUGGCCACGGACCGGGAGGCGGUGGAGGCCAUCAUCACGCAGCACGGUUUCCAGGGCGACGUGGCGUACGGCCAGACGAAGCUGUUCGUUCGGACGCCGCGUACGCUCUUCACCCUGGAGCAGGAGAGAGCCACCCUCGUCCCCAUCCUGGUGCUCUUCCUGCAGAAGGUUUGGCGAGGCGCUCUCGCUCGCCUGCGCUGCAGGCGGAUGCGCGCCAUCUACACCAUCAUGGGAUGCUACAAGCGCUACAAGGUCAAGGCCCACUUCUGGGAGGUGGAGCGCCGGUUCGCGAGCGUGCGGACGAUGCCGGACUAUGGGAAGAGCGUGGAGUGGCCGGCGCCGCCCGCAGCUCUGGCCCAGUUUCACAGCAUCACAACCAUGCUGCAUCGCAGGUGGUGGGCGCGGCAGAUCGUGAAGAACAUCCCUCCGUCUGACAUGUUGGAGGUUCGGGCCAAAGUGGCGGCGCUGACGUCUCUGAGCGGGGAGAGGAAGGACUGGGGCGUCGGCCGAGCCUGGGAGAGAGACUACCUGUCAAACGCGCGGGACUCUCCUCACACCAGCGCCGCCUUCAUCAGAGUCUCCAAAGAGCUGAAGAACAAAGACGGCUACGGCCAGGUCGUCUUCUCCGCUUUCUGCAGGAAGAUGAACAGGUUCAACAAAAGCACAGACCGAGCGCUGCUCAUCACGGACAAGUUCGUCUACAAAUUGGAGCCGAAGAAGCAGUACAAGGUUCUGAAAAGGCUUCCUCUGGACUCGUUUACAGGACUGAGCGUGACCAGCGGGGCUGACCAGAUGGUGGCGCUGCACAUGUCCUCCCAGGACGACGUCCUGCUGUGUCUGCAGCAAGGCGAGCUUUGCCCCAACCAGGACCGAGUGGGAGAACUGGUCGGAGCGCUGGUGGAUCACUUCAUUCGCAUCAGAAAAGCUCUGCUUCCCGUGAAGGUCUGCCGCUCGGCGCUGCAGCUGCACAUGCGAGGGAAACCCAAGAACGUGACGGUGGAAACCAAACCGGGUCAGAACGUGGCGGACUUCAAGAAGAGCAAAGACGGAUUCAUCCUCCUGGUUCCUGAGAAAUGAGAUCUGAGAUCCAAACCGGGACUUUUUAAAACCCGGUUUGUUUCAGGGUGGAAACAUACAAAGGACUCAAGUCUGCUGCAAAAAUGAGACUUUCUGCUUUUUUAUAGAUUUUUUUAUCUUAUAAUCAAGAAUUAUAAUAAAAUAUAUCCAUCCAGGUGUGUUUGACCUGAAACAACCAUGGAGAAUAAAUUAUUCCAGCUCUACCUGA